GGUGAAAACAAUUAAGAAGCAAGAAAACAAUGGUUAAGAAGAAGGAUAUAAUAAGGUUGCAGCGGGAAUCAGUGAUUCCUAUCGUUAAGCAAAAAAUCAUCACCACCUUAGCUGAGCGUCUUGAACAUAAAUCUGACCGUUCUGAGUUUUUAAAGCUCUGCCAAAGAAUUGAAUACACAAUUCGAGCUUGUGCUAGCUUUCACGUUCUCGAUCCUUCUGCUUGUUCAUUGGACUGCUAGCUACUGUAAAUUGUUAUAGGUAAUAAUUCUCUCUUAACUGCAAUAUCCAAUUUCUACAACAUUUGUGUGCUAUCGUGCCUUGGAUUUGAAAUUCUGCUUGUUAAUUUGAAUUGAGGUUAGUUAAAGUUUAUGUAUUUAUUUUUUGUUAUAAAUUAUUCUAAUAAUUUGAAUUGAAAUUCUACUUCUUAAUUUAGUUAAUAGUUAGUAGUUUUUGAUGUAUUUGAUCUAAGAAAUGUAUGAUUUCCUA